UCCUCUAUAAAACCGGCUGCUAUCACCCAUGCUGGUAUAGCAAGAGCUCAGCUUCUACUAUCAGACGCACGACUUCUCGAAAAGACUUCUCUGUUUUCCUAACGCCAUGUCUUACUACACGUCUUCAGACUCGCGUCGCGUCGGUCCCGCCGUGAGCGGCGUCAAAUUCGACACAGCGCACCGCAAAAAAGCGUCGCCAAACAUUUUCGAGAACAUCAACCAGGAGGUGCUGGUGAAGCUCUUCGAGAAAGCGGGAGACCUGAAGGCGGUAGAGAGAGCCAGGAGCAUCCUCACACUGUACCAGGACCCCGAGGAGAUCUCCAAAGCACUCAUGGCUCUUCAGCAGGACAAGAAGGACAAAUUCAUGCUUAUUACGGGACUGACCCGCCAGUCGCUGAAGUUUCGAUGAGGAAAGUUGGAUGCUGUGCAGGUGUUUGCACACGCUGAGGAAAAAAAAGUAGCACACGCUACUUAUGCUGGAGGCUGAUGUUCCUCGAGACUUCGUGAUGAACUUGUGAUGGUCGUGUUGGUGUGCUGUGAAUCUACAGACUGAACUGGACCAGUGCUUGAGCUUGAAGACCUAAGUCUUGGUGCUUUCUUGACAUCUUGAAGAUGGAGAAAUGCAUUUGAAAUACAGACUGGUGUCGCCGCUGAAAUUGAAAUAUAUUCAGUGACAUCCACAAUGUCUCUGUGGCGUUGUUAUACAAUUUACUUGAAGAGAAAAACAAAGUUUUGAAUAAAAUUGUUUUGAUAUGAUUAA